GCAGCAUCUGACACACACACAGGCCAUGGAAGGCAAAGGGCUGGUAGCUGAGCUCCAGAGGGCAGCUACUUGCCCUGCCUGCAGGGGACACUUCAAGGACCCAGUGAUCCUGGAUUGCGAUCACAGCUACUGCAGGGCCUGUAUCACCCGCUACUGGGAUGAGGCAUCAGCAGCUGGGAGGGUGCUGUCUUGUCCCCAGUGCAAAAAAGUUUUUGAGAGGAAGAACCUUCGGACCAAUGUCAAACUGGCUGUUGAAGUCAAGAUCACACAGCACCUCAAUGCCAAGACAGCACAGGUGCCCCUCGUACCCAAGUCCAGGAGGCGCCGUGGAGGAUGGACCCCAGCCACCAGCAUCCAGAAAGGAAAGGCAUCAGAGAAGUCUGCAGAUGCUAAUAUGGUUCAAGCAGCUCCCACUACCCUUUCUCAUGUCAACACACCGGAAAUUCAGCCUGGUCCCCCUCUGAGUUAUCCCCGUUUUGCAGAGUCUUUACUGGAGCAGUGCCAACCCAAUGGCCCAAGGAAGUGUCCUCCAGCUCCGGCAGCAGCACAGAAGCAACUGGAUUCGGGGAGGGGGUGGCGUGGCUGAGAUUGUGUCCAGGCCUGAGGUUCCAGAUUAAGCAUUGAACCUGUAGGAGUUCAGAAGAAUCCCAUCCUAUGGGGCUAAUUUUAAUUUUGAGGAGAGGUGCAGCGUUUGGACUUCAUAGCUUCUCCCUGUGGAUAUUAUUCCGUGAAGAAAAAAAUGUACUCUACACAAGCCCAGGGACCCUUGACUUACAGUCACAUCUUCUGUUAAUGAACCCUGAUAACAGAAUCCAUCUGGAGUGUUGACGUUGCCCUUGGUUCAGAUUACACCUUGUCCCCAUAACUGCACAGAGCAGAUUUGGGUUUGAACUAUAUCAGAAAAGAAGGACUGGAUUUGCUUUCUUAAGCCAAGCCUUCAGAAUCACUAUGAAGCAUCCCGAGAAGAAAAAUCAUGCCCUGCUAUCUCCAGAUGUCUCCAACAUGGGGAAAGAAUCCAGCUGUAGUGAAUGAAUUUUGAGAGCGUUGCUGAUUUUCUGUACUGUUAAAUCCAUGCACCAGCCUGUCUGUUUUUUCCUGCAGACAUGGAACUAGAUGGAUAUUGGGAGUAAGGUGUGAGUUGGGACAUAUAAACAGACAAAACAGUGUGUGCAACAACAUCCCUUGACUGGUAGAUCUCUAGUUUAUUGUUAGUAGAUCAGCAAGGGAUUCUGAUUUCCUAUGAUGAUAAGCAACAACAGCAUUAAAAUCUUUUGCUCACACGCACUACUAAAUUAGGCUCUCAAAUCAAGAAAAGAGGAAAGUAGAAGGGAACUGGAGUAGAUAUGAGUGGGAAAGGAUCUGUGGCAGUUCUAGUACAGAGAACAAACUCCUGAGCUGAGCAUGUACUUGGCGAUAUACCUUUCUCUGCAAUUUAAUAUCCUCUUCCUGAGCUGCUGGUUCCAUGAGGUAGACCUCAAACUUCUCACAAACAGUAGAUGGGAAAAUACUGCACUGACACUGUGUUAAAUGUUGGCUAGCCUUAUACAGUACAACCAGAUCUUCAACAUGAACUGGCGUUCACUAAACAGCAUUAAAAUGCAUAGAAGUGCACAGUGCUGACCUAUCAUAAACCAUCAAGUGCUAAAGAUAUGGCUGGCAAAACCUACUGUUAGGAUUCCGAUCUUUUUAGAUAUAAAUCUUGUGGAUGAUGGUAUCUGGUCAUUUCAGAGUUGUUGUUAGCUUAGGGCUGGAGAACAACUUUAAAAAACCCAUCUCUACUUUAAACCAAACUUUACCAGGACUGUGCACAUUUUAUGUGUCCACAAUUCAAGAAUAUUGAUAAACUGAAGCAUGGAGUGGGGACUAAGAUGUUAAAAGGUCUGGAAACCAAAAUCUAUGAGGAAUGGCUUAGGGAGCUGGGUAUGUGCAGUUUUGAGAAGAGACAACUGAAAGGUGACAUGAUAGACAUAAAUUCCUGAAGGGAUGUCACAUCGGUGAAGUAGAGCUUGUUUUCUGGGGCUUCAGAGACCAGAACACAAACCUAUAUAUUCAAAUUACAAGAAAACAAAUUCCAGCUAAACAUUAGGAAGAACUUUGUGAUAAUAAGAGCUGUUGGACAGUGGAACAGGCUGCCUGAGAAGGUGAUGGAGUCUUCUUUGGAGGUUUUUAAUAAGAGUUUGAGUGGCCAUCUCUGAGUUUAGUUGUGUAUUUAGUUGUGUAUCACAGCUUUCGUUGUGUAUUCCUGCCUCACUGGGGUUCAGACUAGGUGGUCCUAGAGGUCCCUUCCAACUCCAUGUUUCUGUAAUUCUAGGAUUCUGAUUCUUAUCGUUGGUCUCCCCAUAGGCACCAAUUGGUGGAAGAUGUUUUCUCUUCCCACAAAUAUAUUGUCUUGUUGGUGGCAUCCAUGUAUAGGAAAGAGACUGAAUUAUAAUAGAUUGAACAUUAUAUUGUUUCAAAUCUUUAUUUUGUGAAGCAAUAAUUACAUAAUAAUUUCUAUAAUAAUAUUAAUUUUUGUGUAUGCAGUGUAGAUUUAUUUGAGUCCUUCACUGGUGUGUAUUGUAAGCCCAUGGACAAAUAAAAAGUAU